GCAGCAGCAGCAGCAGCAGCAUCAGGACCACUUGACACCUUCUUCACGGCAUCGAUAUGCAGUAGUGUGAUCUGCGCUCUGCGGAGACGGGAAGGCCAGUCCAUCCAUGGCAUCUUGAUAGUAACACCGUUGCGCAUUCCUCCCCAAAGCAGCGCAAUCCUUUUUUUUUUUUUUUUUUUUUGUAUUUAAAAUUGUUUUCUUUUAAUAUUAUUAUUAUAAUAAUCAUAAUUUCCGUUUUUCGCGGAGCUGAAAGGAUUAACUUGGGCUGCGUGUGAGGAGAUCUACACAAUAAUCCAAUUUGAGCAGAUUCCGAUCAGGGGGGGGGAUUGGUGGGAUAUCAUUGGACCCGCGAUGGACUCCAGCGCGGGGGGACAUGGCAUGGCUCGUUUGGGAUUGUUUUUGCUUUUCACGAUGGGGCUGUGGAGAUUCAGCGAUGCUUGCCCCGAAUCGUGCACUUGCAGCAUCUCGAGGAUUGUUUGCACUGAUUCCGAGCCAGGGAUGGAGGAUUUCCCCGUCCUCGCGUUGGAUGACAUGGAAAACAUCACGGAUAUAUACAUUGCCAAUCAGAACAGACUGUUUGACCUCAGCGACAGCAGUCUGAGGCACUACAUAAACCUCAGAAACCUAACGGUGACCAAGUCCAGAUUGACGUCAAUAUCCUCAGAUGCAUUUUUUAACAACACAAGACUCCAAUAUGUAAAUCUAAGAGAUAACAACCUGUCCACACUAUCAUGGAGAACAUUUCAGAACUUUAACGUCACAUAUCCGCUCCUUCUGUCUGGAAACCCCCUGGAUUGUGUUUGUGAGAAUUUAUGGAUCAAGCUGAGGCUCCAAGAAGAAAUGGACAGUCCAGAGGUGACAUGCACGGACGACAGAGGGCGGACGAGGGACUUCGCCACGCUCACCCCGCCAGACUGUGUGGUCCCCAAAGUACAGGUCAACCCCAAAAAUGUGACCGAAAUGGAAGGAGGUAACGUCAGAGCCGUGUGCAGCGCCUCGGGCUCCCCCGAUCCCGUGAUCCUGUGGAACCUGGAUAGGCUUUCAACCCACUAUGAGAUUGAUCUCUCGGAGACAGAGAGCAUCCUUACGUUGUCGGGGCUGUCUCCGGACGACAAUGGCAGGAUGAUCGUAUGCAGCGCCGAGAACAUGGUCGGCCAGAUCGAGGCCACUCUUCAGCUGAACAUUUUCUUUCCCCCCACAAUCCAGCAGCUUCUGCCUCCAGAGCGGGACCACCACUGGUGCAUCCCGUUCACCGUGACCGGGAACCCCAAGCCCGAGCUGCGCUGGUACCACGAGAACGAGUCGCUGCAGGAGCAGGACUACAUUCGCACCAUGAUCCACGUGUCCACCGAGAACGAGGACCACGGAUGCCUACAGCUGGUCAACCCCACUCACAUUCAUAACGGCAAGUACAAACUGGUGGCGAAGAACAGGUACGGCCGGGAUGAGAAGACGGUCUCUGCCCAGUUCAUCGACCCCCCUAACUUCAACCAUACAGGUCAAUAUGAAACAACAAUUUUCACCUAUACGCCACUCCCUCCUCUGGACGACAGCGUCGCAGUGUACGUAGUUGUGGGAAUCGCUGGAGUUGCCUUGACUGGCUGCGUUUUGAUGGUGAUCAUCCUGAAAUAUGGACGAAACUCCAAGUUUGGAAUUAAAGGCUCCUCCUCGGUCAUCAGUAACGACGAUGACUCUGCCAGCCCUCUACAUCACGUCUCCAAUGGCAACAACACCCCGUCGUCCUCGGAGAUGGGCCCAGACGCAGUGAUCAUUGGGUUGAAAAAGAUUCCUGUCAUUGAGAACCCACAGUACUUCCGUAACUCCGGCAGCAUGCUGAAAUCUGACACAUUUGUCCAGCACAUCAAGAGACACCAGAUCGUGCUGAAGCGGGAGCUGGGAGAGGGAGCCUUCGGGAAAGUGUUUCUCGCCGAGUGUUACAACCUCGUGCCACACCAGGAGAAGAUCCACGUGGCAGUUAAGACUCUGAAGGAGGCCAGCGAGAGCGGCCGAGCGGACUUCUACCGGGAAGCCGAGCUUCUCACCAACCUGCAACACGAGCACAUAGUCACCUUCUACGGCGUGUGCGUGGAGAGCGACCCGCUCAUCAUGGUGUUUGAAUACAUGAAACAUGGUGACCUGAACAAGUUUCUCAGGUCACAUGGUCCUGAUGCCGUUCUCAUGGCAGACGGUCAGCAUAGUAUCCUGGUGGAGCUCACCCAGUCCCAGAUGCUGCACAUUGCCCAACAGAUUGCUGCUGGUAUGGUCUACCUGGCCUCCCAGCACUUUGUCCACAGAGACUUGGCAACGAGGAACUGCCUGGUAGGAGAAAACCUGCUGGUCAAGAUAGGGGACUUUGGCAUGUCCAGAGAUGUUUACAGCACAGACUACUACAAAGUGGGCGGCCACACGAUGCUGCCCAUCCGCUGGAUGCCUCCAGAGAGCAUCAUGUACCGGCGGUUCACCACAGAGAGCGACGUAUGGAGCCUCGGCGUGGUGCUGUGGGAGAUCUUCACCUACGGAAAGCAGCCCUGGUACCAGCUCUCCAACAAUGAGGUGAUUGAGUGCAUCACACAGGGCCGAGUCCUCCAGCGGCCCCGUACCUGUCCUAAAGAGGUGUACGACCUGAUGCUGGGCUGCUGGCAGAGGGAGCCCUACAUGAGGCUGAACAUCAAGGAGAUCUACGGCAUGCUCCAGAGCCUGGCCAAGGCCUCGCCGGUGUACUUGGACAUACUGGGCUGACGCGCCAGCAUCUGUGUGUGUAAUGUGUGUGGCUGUGUGCUUUUGUCUGUGGACAAGUGUUUGUGUGUUUGACAGCAAAUUCUGAGACAAAGAGAGGAAAAAAAAAAAAUGGGAGCGAGGAAAUUGAUGGUUACGUGACCGCAUCUAUGUACAGAACCUGGCUGUAAAUGAGACUGUAAAUGCCAACGGUCCAUGUCCUUAUUACAUCAACAAAAAGCCUUAAAUUUGGAGUUUUGCUUCUUUUUUUUUUUCCUUUUCUGAAUAGUUUGCAGAUUUUCUGCAGCAUGUCUCACAAAAGGAAACCAAAACGCAUACAGCAUUAUGUAUCUUUACCCAAAACCUUUAAUGCUUCAGACACACAAGAGUAAAUAUAAUCAAACGGCUCAUUCUGUCGACAUUCACUGCAUUAAUUGCACUGUAUUCCAUAUUUGCUGAGAACAAAUAAAGGGAAAAUAAAGUCUUACUCUUUGACAGAGUGUACAGACACGUGUUUGUAGAUAGUUUUAUGAAGCCAAAUGAUUUAAACGAGUUGUUUUUGAGUCAUAUGCACACAUUUUAGACACAAGUCUAUGAUUUUAGCAGUUAGUAAAACUCAGUGUUAUAAACCCAGAAGGGCGUUUGUUGCCGUAUUCUUUCAGUUUUCAUUCAGAAGAAGCAUCUAAAGCACAGAGAGUGGGGGACUUGACAGCACAGGUCGUUUUGGUUUUUUGUUUCCCGUUCACCAGCAAUGCCAUUUAGAAAAUCUUUGUUGUUUGGUGGCCUGAAAUUGUAAGUGAUGCGAUUGUGUCUUUCGGAGGCAGUUUCUGACCUCACGGGUGUUGAUGAGAUUGAGUUCACGGUAUGCAAACAGGCUGUUUCGAUGCACUCACAUGGGUUAUACACAUUGAGGAGUUCAGGGAUUUCAAAGGGCGCGCUUUAAAGAUCUCAUCUUUGAUUCUAUAUACAGUUGAGGGUGUGAAACUGUGAGGAAAUGAUUAAGAGCCCGACUGCUCUUAAGGUGACACGGGGAUGCUUUUCAUCUCAAGUUGCUGCCCUUGUCAGCCAGGCGGCACAGUGGCAGUGAAGCACAUUUGCAUGGGCAAAAAGUGGUUUUAAAAUGCACUCUUGUAAUAUCUUCAAUAGUUUUGUUUACCUGAGAUUAAAAAAAAAAAAAAAGAAAAAGAAAAGAAAAAGGGGCACUAAAAAAAAAAAAAAAAGUCCAGAAGGACCUUCUGUAUAAACCCUUUGCAAAAACUCCCACCAUGUUCGUCUGUAUGGAGGUGUGCAGCAGUGAAACGUGCGUUAUGUUUCCCGAGUGCACUUUGUAGCGUUUACUAACCCCUAAUGCACAACCUGAGCAGCUGUGCUCAGCUCCAUCCUCAGCCUCAGCUGCACCCGAUAACAUCAGCCCAGCUGUGCUGACAGCAAGUCCAAAACUCAUACACGUCGUCCCUGAAAACAGCAGUUUCCGUGCCGCUUUAUGUUUUUGUACAGUGCUCUGUAUCAUAGUUAUGUGUCCGCUGUACAUAAAAACCGCUGUUCAUUCUGUACAGUUCAUAAACUUGUCCAUAUGAAUAGUAGGCUAUGUUUAAUAGUAUAAUCCGUUUUAAGCAGGUAUCAUGUCAAAAACUAUGUGACAUCUAAUGAAGACAACGUGUUAUGGGCCUCUGGCAAUACAUUACUAAUUGUAAAUACGAUUUUAUUUGUGCGACGUUGUAUGAUUUCUCUGUGCUUGUUCAUAACACACCGGUGAGAAUACAAUCCUUUUUUUUUUGGCAACCUUUGAUAUGGAGAGGACUUUGAACAAAGUGUGUUUUUUCUCUAAAGAAAUAAAAAAAACUUAAAUUAAAAAAAAAAAAUUAAAAAAAAGAUAAGAUCUCUCUUCUCCACUGUGAUGGAGAGCUCACACGGAUGCCGUCUGAGAAGCUGCCUGUCUGUAGGAGGACAACAGACUCUAAACAUCAGGAUCACUCCUCGCCAACAGGCGUCCCAGCAGGCGUGUGGCCGAAGGCGAGGAGGUCAAAGGUCACCUCCUGGCCAAAAUCCACCGCUUUGACCCACCUCUGACGGACUGUAGCCUAAUAACUGUGACUUUGCAUCAUGAAUAGUAUAUUAUUUUGAAUGUAAUCUAGACAGGUGGGGACCUUUUUUGAAUGUAAUCUAUCUGGGGGGGGACAGGGGUGUCUUACUCAUUUUUUUUUGUAAAUAUAUAGUAAAAGAAAAAAAAAUCCAAUUUCAAUUCCUGUGUAGAUACAUUUUAAUUAUUAUGUGAAUACAAAGACAGAGUAUCUGUAUUUGUGCACGUGGAUUUGCACAUCUGAUCGCAAGUGUGCAAGUGUGUGUGCGCGUGCGCGCGGGUGUUGCUGGCAGAUGUAAUCGUGCUUUAAUCAGCCAGUCCUACCGGUCAUUUCCACGCUUUGUGCAUCAUGUGAGUAGCUUAUCCGCAAUUAAUGGAAAUGUUUCUUGUGAUACUGUGCAUUUAAUAAAGGUGGUAUGUCUUACAAUA